GCGGCCUUGAUGUGGGUGGGUGUGGCGAGUGCAACCUGAUCGCUGCGCCGCUCGUUGCGACCCCGAGGCGUCGCGCCACCCUCACAACCAACCUCAUUUUCCAUUUUACCACCACUACAACUACACCCGAUGCAACCUCUUGCGACGACUGCGCUUUUGGCAACGAUGGCCAUCACGGCGAUCCACGCCCGGACCUGCGGCGCACCCGAGUGGAACACCGACUACUACGGCGACGACGUCGGCAACUUUGCGACAACCGGCGACUUUAACAACAUGCUCAAGCAGUGCUGCGAUGGCUGCACCGGCAACAGCUCGUGCGUUGCGUACACGCUUGCCAACAACGUCUGCUACCUCAAGUCGGGCGGCGGCAACCGUAAACCGUUGAAUGGUGCCACGUCGGUGCUCAUGUCGCGCACGCCGGCGCCCGUCGGUACGUGCUCGGCGCCCGAAAGUAACGUCGACUACUACGGCAACGACCUCUCCAAGCAGCUCGUGUCGGGCAGCCAGGCCGACCAGACAAAGGCUUGCUGCGACGCCUGCGCCAAAGCGGAUGGCUGCAACGCGUUUUCGCUUGCGGACGGGAUCUGCUACCUCAAGUCGUCGGACGCCGGGCGCAAGGCGGCGCCGGGUGUCAUCUCGGCCAAGAAGGCAGGCACGACGCCGACGCCGACGUCGACGCCGUUGCCGAUCACACCCUCCCGCCACGCAACAUAA